AUGUCAUUUAUUCUACCUCGUCUUCCUCGCUUCAGAGCUAGACACGCCCUCCCUAUUGCUGCAAUUGCCGCCAGCUCUUUCUUGUGCUACAAUUCCAUGUCUUCCAUUGCCAAUGAGUCUCCUGUUGCCCUGAAGGGUGAUGGCGAGUGGGUUGACCUGAAAGUCAAAAACAUCAAGCAAUUGUCUCCCGACACCAAGCUGUUCACUUUUGAAUUCGCUAACCCAGACGCCAAGUCCGGUUUGACCAUCGCUUCUUGUGUGCUCACCAAAUUCGUUACCGAAAAGGGUAGCAACGUCAUUAGACCAUACACCCCAAUCACCGAUGUUGAACAACAAGGCUCCCUUGACCUUCUGGUUAAGCACUACGAUGGUGGUAAGAUGUCUUCCCACAUCUUUGGUUUGAAGCCAGACGACACCUUGGCAUUCAAAGGUCCGAUUUUGAAGUGGAAGUGGGCUCCAAACUCUUACAAGGAGAUCUACUUGCUUGGCGGAGGUACUGGUAUCACCCCAUUGUACCAGAUCAUCCACGAGGUUUUGAAGAACAAGGAAGACAAGACCAAGAUCAAGUUGCUCUACGGUUCCAAAAGUCUUGAUGACAUUCUCCUCAAGAAGGAGUUGGAUGAGUUGGCCAAGAAGCACCCAGAUCAAUUGAAGGUUUCUUACUUUGUUGACAAGGCUCCAAGUGCUGCUGAUCCAAAGAUCACUGAGGGAUACAUCACCAAGGAGCUCUUGCAAAAGGAACUUUCUGGUCCUUCUGAUGACACUCAUGUUUUUGUUUGUGGUCCUCCUCCUCUUUACAAUGCUCUCUCUGGUAACAAGGUGUCUCCAUCUGACCAAGGUGAGGUCACCGGAGCUCUCGGCGAGUUGGGUUACACCAAAGACCAUGUCUUCAAGUUUUAG